ACCCCUCUCCUCUGUUCCCCCCAAUAUUUUUGUUUACCUAGAAAGCAGAUCUUUACUUUUCCGGAUGGCAGCUCGUCGCAGGCCCCACCCGAGCAAAGGGGAAAAGUCCUAGCUCCCGGCUCCAGAGACCUGGUCUCCGGGCCCAGGACCCCUGGUCCACAGUCAAGGGUCCCCAAGGGGCCAGUGACGCCAGCGCCCCCGCCCUGGCUCCGCCCAGCACCUGCCCCGGGCAAACCCCCGUCUCCAGCCGCUCUUUGCCCCACCCUUUGGUGAUUCAGAGCCCUGGAACCACCCAGGGCGCUAAUUUAAAUUGAUUUGCAGGACAACUGCGCUCCGGCUACCCACAGCUGGACGCGGGAGCCCGCUGGAUCUCUUCGUGGAGGCUGCCGAGUGCGGGCGCUGGGUCCCCGUCGCCGCGCCAUGCGUCCCGCCCGGAGGGGCGCCCCCGCAGUGCUGCGCCCCCCCGGCUGGCUGACCCUGUCGCUGCUGCCGCCGCUGCUGUUGCUGUUGUGUCCACACGCGGCGCGGGGUGGCUGUGGUAUCCCCGCCGAUGAUGUACCUAAUGCUACACCAGAAUUGGAAAAUCUUACAACUUUUCCUGAAGGAUUCAUAGUAGGAUACUAUUGCAAUCAAGGUUAUGUGAAAAUUAAGGGAAUGCAGAGCGGAAAACACUGCCUUCCGAACGGUGAAUGGACGAAGCUGGCACCAUUUUGUAACCGUACCUGUAGUCUUCCACCCAAGGUACGUUAUGGAGUUAUGAAAGAUAUUUUUAUCUCAGUGAGUUAUCGCCCAGCGGGUUUCGUUGUGGAAUAUGAUUGUAAUCCAGGCUACGAAAGGAACCAUUCCGUAUCAGCGCAAGUAACUUGCCUUCAGAAUUAUACGUGGAGCACACCAGAAGUAUUUUGCUAUAAAAGAUCAUGUCCUGAUCCUGGACAAAUAGAAAAUGGUCAUAUCAGUAUACCAACUGACAUAUUAUUUGCCUCAGACAUCUACUUCUCAUGUAACCCAGGGUACAAAUUAGUUGGUGAAAAUUCUACUUUCUGUUAUUAUAAAGGAAAAGAUAUGGCUUGGGCUGAUCCAUUUCCAGAGUGCCAAGAAAUUCCUACAACUCCUCAGAAACCCACCACGACAGAUGCUCAAGGCACCAAAGCCCCAUCAUCGCAUCAGAAACCCACCACAGUAAAGGUUCCAGCUACCGAGCCCCCACCAGCUCCUCAAAAACACACCACAGUAAAUGUUCCAGGUACAGAGUCCCCAUCAACUCCUCCGAAACCGACCACAGUAAAUGUUCCAGCUACCAAGCCCCCAUCAGCUCUUCAAAAACCCACCACAGUAAAUGUUCCAGCUACAAAGCCCCCACCAGCUCUUAAAAAACCCACCACAGCAAAUGUUCCAGGUACAGAGUCCCCAUCAACUCCUCAAAAACACACCAUCAUAAAUGUUCCAGCUACAAAGCCCCCAUCAACUCCUCAAAAACCCACCACAGUAAAUACUCCAGCUACAGAAGCCCCAUCAACUCCUCAGAAACCCACCACAGUAAAUGUUCCAGCUACAAAGUCCCCAUCAGCUCCUCAAAAACACACCAUAGUAAAUGUUCCAGCUACAGAAGCCACACCAACUCUUCAGAAUCUCACUACAAGAAAUUCUUCAACUACAAAAGCCCUACUAAUUCCUCAGAAACCCAACUUGACUGUUCUAGCUAUGGAUGCCCCACCAACUUCUCAGAAACCUCUCACAGCCAAUGAUUCAGCCACAAUAGCCAAACUAUCUCCUGUCUCAAAUGUUCUAUCUACAGAGACCCAACUAACAGUCCAGACUCUCAUGACAAAUUCUUCUGCUACACGAGCCACACCAAAACCCCAGAGCUUCACCACAGCAAAAGCUUCCUAUACACAGAGUCUCCCAGUAACACAAAAAUUCACUGCGGGACAUGCCCCAAUGACUAAGGGUCUCCAUACCACACAAAGAUUGACAUCUGCUCAUAUUGCAGCCACACCGAAUCAAGCUGAUUUCACGACACCAAGCACCUCGAAAGGAAGUGGACUCCUGAAAACAGGGAUUACCAUCAUUGCAUCUGGUAAGUCUGACUCCUUGACAGUUCAAAGAAAUUGUCAUCACUGUAGGUACCGAUGUUUCUGGAAGAGAAUAUUGUGUUAUAACUGUCUUAGAUAUACUGUUAAAAGGCUGUGUUCAUGGAUGCCAAACAGAAAACAGGUAAAUGUAUUUCGUGAUUAUGUUUUGCGGACACCAUUAAGUGUUUGGUAUGUUUCUAAGUACUAUUCCCAACCAUGUUCUUGUUCCAAAGUAAUAUUAAGAAAACUUCAAAUCAUUGGGCCACGCAAUCAAGUAUUAUUAUAUGCCUAUUGUUUUAAUUCUAGGGGCCGAAGAAUGACAAGAAAAGAUAGUUAUUAAUACAGGUUCUAUCCUCAAGUAUUUUACAAUUAAUCAGAGAUGACUUCUUGUUUUUUUUAAUCUUUAUUGUUGAAAGUAUUACGUAUGUCCCCUUUCCCCUCCACUGACUCCUUCAAGAAAUUACUUCUUGACCAUUUCUAGAUUUCUGUCUUACCCUUAAAUAAAACAAAGAGUGCUACCUUUGAUUAUAUGUUCUUCCUUUUCCCUUCUCUAUGAGUGAUUGAAAGCAAAAUUAUUUUUUAAAAAAAUAUUCUGUUGCUUUAGUCAUGAGGCCAAAAACAACUGUGUUGCAAUUUAUUUUUGCAUUGGUCCAGUCCUUUAUUUUAUCCAUAAAUAUAUUAUUUAAUGUUAUAUAUUAACAAUAAGAUUAAUAAACUUCCAAAGAUACUAAGAGAAAUGUUUAAGAAGCAAUAGUUAAAUUUGCAUACUGAUAAGUAACAUUCAAUAGAAAAUACACUCUUAUAAAAAAGUGUAUAUUUUAAAAUUAUGUCCUAAUAAUCUGGAGUCUUCUGUCUUAUGUAUGUAUGAAUUAGCCAAGGGGACUAUAAAGCUGAAAACAGGUAUUGUGAAAUUGUUUUUAAAAAAAUUAUUUAUGACAGUUCUUUUAUAUUUUGAAUAAAUGUCUCCUAAAGUUUAAAACUAAAAGAUUUGUUUUAAAAGAUUCUGUUAGAAUUCAAUUUGUUCAUUUUAUAUUUUAAAUAAAAAUAAAAUGUAUUAUAAAUGAAUAUUUCAUGAUUUCAUGUUGACAACAGUGAUAUGUUUAAUAGAUGAGGUAUUUUUCACCUGCUCACUAUUGUUCAAUAAAGAUUUGAAAUGCUUA